GAAACAAAGAAACGUUGGGCGCCGGCGCCGGGGUUGCGGCGGCUGAGGAGAGGCGGUAGUCGGUCGGGAGCGCGCAGGGCCGUGGGCGGCGGCCCCUGGUUCUGUGCAUCUCGCUGCUGCGCUCGCUCCUGGUUCAGCCCUGCCGGUUCGAGCGCGCCACUUCGCCCGGCGCCCCUGCCGCAGCACCCGCCGGGAUCUGCGCGGCCUCCCAGGCAGCCCCGAGCUAGGAGGGAAACGGUAUCGAUGUAAUUGCCACUUGACCUUUACACUCCUGGCCACGAACUCGGAGGCUGUGAAGCCUGAAGAGCAGAGCGUUAUGAUCCUCUAGUCGAGGGGUUGGCAGAUUGGUGCUUGUGACUUGGCCGCUGCCGCGGGCUGCCCAUUCCUACUGCAGCCCCCAGCCACUGGUUGCUUUCUGCUUACCUGCGCAGAUAGUAAUGCCGAUUCCUGUCCCGAACGGCAGACUCCCUUAUAGACUAGAAAGGAAAGCUGAUCUUCAUUUAAAGAUUCUCAGUGAUGAGUCCAACCAAGGUGCAAUAAGGGCUCUUGGCAGACAAGGUUCUUUGGAUAAAUUAGAUACCUUUUAUUAGACUAACUAAACAAUUGGAAAAUUUGUUCUUUUUGAGCUUUUGGGCACAAACACCCUUCUUCAGGCAUAGGGAGAGUCUGCUGGUGUUUUCUGUGAUAUCCUGGGUGGAACAGAAAUGCAGGUCUGAACAAGCAAAUGAAUGGCAGCGAGGAUCAGAGGCUAUAGGAAACGGUAAAAAGAACAAAAAGAAAAUGUCUGCAGAAUGCCAGAGCAAAAAGGGUCAAAGCUGUAGUCUGACCAUUUCUUCCAGUGAUGAUGAAGAAUUUGAAAUGUUUUUAUCUAGAAUGAAGACUCCAAAAUCCCUGGCCCAUCAAGUCCCAAAGAAGCAAAAUGACAGUUUGAGUGACUUCAUUGUUGACUCCAGGGAGGACUUUUUCUCAGAUUUUAAAAGAAAAGAAGGUACAAUGCUGAAAGAUGUUUGGGCUCGAGAGAAACCCGUGGCUAGAGGAAAGGAAAAUGCUUGCUAUAGGGAACAGCUGCGUUUGGAGUUUUUAAGUGACAGUGACACUGAAGAUUCUGUUUUUAUAAAAAGUACGUGGCGGGACCGCCACCAAAAGAGUGGCGAGAAGGGCUUGAAGAAGAACCUGAGACGCACAAAACAACCCCCUUCUCACAUACAAAAAGAUCUUGCUUUUUCUAAAUAUAAUCUGAGCCCAUCUCUGGAUGAGAAGGAACAAGGUUGUGAAGGGGAGAGUACAGAGGACAAAAUACAAACCUUAGUGUUGCAACAAAAUGCGAUGGUAGAAUCAGACAUCUCAGAAGAUGAAUUUGAAUCAUUAAUAGAGCGGGUAAAAAAGCGAAGCACACCUCUGACUCCAAGUUUACCCAUGAACAAAACCACAGUCUGUCAACCAGCUACCAAAGAACUGGAAAACUUCAGGUCUUCCUGUGAAAGCAUACAGCAGACUGUUCAGAGGGAGAGAAUCCAGAGGCAAAACUCAGAAUCUUUGCUGAAAGAUGCUUCUUCCAGUUCAGUGCCUUGUACGAGACUUCUUGAGAUCCAGUCAGUUAAUUGCAUGCAUCCAUCCCUAUCCGAGAAAAGAUCAAAUCUUUGUCCAGUGCCUGGCUGUUUCUUACAAGAUCUCUCAAAACCAACAUCUCAAUAUGUGAAGGAUUUCAGGAGGAAAAAGGAGGUGUUGACAGAGGAACUCUACAGUCUUUAUAACAGCACCAUCUUUGAGCAAAAGUUACCAGAGAAAAUGGAAAUCAUCUGGAAUAAAAAGAUGCGGAAGACAGCAGGGUACUGUGUAACUGGGCAAACAAAAGGUCCUGAGUUGCAGCGCUAUGCUCGGAUAGAGCUCUCUGAAAAAGUUUGUGACUCUGCAGACCGACUUCGAGACACACUGAUCCAUGAGGUUUGUCACGCAGCCACCUGGAUUAUCAAUGGAAUACGAGAUGGACAUGGACCGAUUUGGAGAUUUUACGCUAAGAAAUCAACUGUAAUUCAUCCAGAGCUGCCAAUGGUGACACGAUGCCACAGCUAUGAGAUUAAAUACAAAUUCACUUACGAGUGUUCCGUGUGCAAAGCCACGAUUGGGCGUCACUCCAAGUCGCUGGACACAGAGCGUUUUGUGUGUGCACACUGCAGGGGGCAGCUAGUCUUGUGUCAGUCUAGCAGGAAGGAUGGUACUCCUGUGAGAACACAGCUAACUCCAUUUGCAAAGUAUGUGAAAGAAAACUAUGGGUCUACCAAGAAAAAGCAGCAUGCUUUGAGCCAUGCAGAGGUCAUGCGGAAGCUAAGUGCUGACUUUGCUUCAAAGACCAGGCUUCUAGAUUCCUAAAUGUAUCUGAGCUUUGUGCUUUCAAUGUGACAGAAGUUUGUAGCAUUAGAAAAAGCAGACGGGUCUAGUUGGCUGCAGUUUAGUUUCUAAUUUGGAAGGGUUGCAGCAGGGAUUCAAUGAAUUGUUGUUUUUUUUGUUGCUGUUUGUGUCCCACUUUGUAAGGUGCUACAAAGUCUUUAAGGUCUGAGCUGGUUGCAUUCCAAGAACAGGGUUCAAAAUUACUGGUGGAAAUAAUAUCCUUGUCUACAGAUCAUCUAUUUAUCUUUCCUUUAUUUGGCAGAAUUUUCCUCUAGGAAGGAGCAGGUUUUUUGCUCCUACUCAACAGGAGUUCCUUGCACGAUUCUCCUGUUUCACUCAGGUGGCUGUUAGUGAAACACUUCUGUCUCCUUAAGGUGUUAGGGGAAAGGUGAUCUACCCAAGACAUGUUUGGACCUGCAUCCGUUGCUGUAGAAAGUUCUGGGAGGGGGGGUGUGGAUGCAUCUGUUUAGAUAGCUAAAGAGGGGGAAACUCAUUUAGAAGCUAAGUAUUUUAACCAGGUUUGAGAGAGAUUCUAGAACCAGUUAACUUGGGCUGAGAGACGGGGAAGGUCUUAAACCUAGAUCAAAUAUUUCACAGUUACAGAUUUGUGAUAUGUUUUUGGGGGGGGUUUGUAUAACCAGUGUGUGUACUGUGAAUAAUUUGUCCAGGUGAUUAUAUCAGUUUUGUAAGUUUUAUUCAAGUAUUAAUAAAACAAAAUUUGUAUCAUA